AAAAAGGAUAUAACAGCUAUUCAGAAAAAACUUGGUAUUAAUAGUAAUAUGUUAAAGCAAAUAAAACACAAGCCUGAUGGAAAAACACUUGCUGAUUCAUAUAAGUUGCUACUAUAUUUGGUGAGAGAUUUAAUACUGAUACAAAAAAAUCUUAACAUUGAUGGCAACCUCAUUCUGGUAGUGAAAUAUAAUAAUAUGGCAAAUCAAAACAAUAGAAAUUCUUCUAAUUUGUCACUUUCAAAAUUAUUUAAUUUGCUUUUAUACUUGAAAGAGGAUAUAAAUAUAAUUCAGGAAGAACUUGAUAUUGUUGGUUAUACUAAUGAAAAAAUAGCAGAAGAAGCUGAUAAAAAUGCGAGAGUAUACCUCUAA